AUGGGCGAUUCAUCAGUGCCCCCUUCCAAAAUCCCACAGCGGACUCGACGGACACGCUUUGUCUGUAUAUCAGACACACACAACUGCACAGUGAAACUUCCGAAGGGCGAUGUGCUUGUCCAUUGCGGGGAUCUGACGAACCAGGGCAGUUUCGGCGAGCUCUCGAAACAAGUGGCGUGGCUUGAGAGAGCCGACUUUGAGUGCAAACUAGUCAUCGCCGGGAAUCAUGACAUAACGCUCGAUACCGAUUUCUUCGAGCAGUAUGGAAAUUAUAUUCAUAAUAACAGCCCCCAGAACCCUAUCGACUGUCAGAACUUACUGCUACAGUCUAAGUCACUCACCUAUCUCAGGCAUUCAAGUUGCACCGUCAAACUUACCUCCCCGUCUGGGCCAAGGACCACCUUCAAUGUAUUCGGUUCUCCCUAUAUUCCUGCUUCUGGGAUGUGGGCCUUUCAAUACUCGCGGACGGACAUUGUACAGGCUGAGAAUAUAUGGAACGACAUCCCGCUCGACACUGAUAUACUCAUUACUCAUGGGCCAGCACGUACACACAGAGACGAGUCCCGUCACAGGGAAGCCCUGGGUUGCGAGAGUCUACGACAGGCGUUAUGGCGAGUACGUCCACGCAUUGCGCUCUGUGGACACGUUCAUGAAUCUCGAGGCGUAGAACGUGUUCGUUGGGACCUGUCUAACAAAUUUGUGCGGUAUAAAGAAUUGGAAAGCAAUUAUCAGUGGGAUGAUCCUAGCGUUGGAAAUGAGAAGAACUGCCUGGUCGAUCUCACUGCCAAGGGCGGAAUGCCCUUAGAUAAUGAUGGCAGCAAGGCCUCACUGUCAUUGUCCCCGACAGCAUGUUCUACUUCCGAGGCUGAGAAAAACGAUGCUACAGGAAUAGAAACAAACACGAAAAUCGUAUCAGCAGAAGGAGCAAGCCCCGGCAUUGGGACACGUGGUCUUAGUGGAAACCCGGCAUCUGCAAGGAGUGAUAGACCUGUUCUAGCGGGGCGUCUCGGGCGCAAGGAGACAUGCAUUGUAAACUGCGCUCUCCAGCAAGGGAGCUACCCGCACUCUGGGCCACGAAGGCUGCAUAAGCCCAUCGUGAUUGACAUCAAUCUCCCUAUAUGGGAAAAUGAUUCCUGA